AUGGCGUCCCAGCCGAAUUCCUCGGCAAAGAAAAAAGAGGAAAAAGGAAAGAACAUCCAGGUGGUGGUGAGAUGCAGACCAUUUAAUUUAUCGGAGCGGAAAGUUAAUGCCCAUUCUGUAGUAGAAUGUGAUCAUGCACGAAAAGAAAUCAGUAUACGGACUGCAGGAUUGGCUGACAAGAGCUCAAGGAAAACAUAUACUUUUGAUAUGGUUUUCGGAGCCUCCACUAAACAAAUUGAUGUUUACAGAAGUGUUGUAUGUCCAAUUUUGGAUGAAGUUAUUAUGGGCUAUAAUUGCACGAUCUUCGCAUAUGGUCAAACAGGCACUGGAAAAACCUUUACAAUGGAAGGUGAAAGGUCACCUAAUGAAGAGUAUACCUGGGAGGAGGAUCCCUUAGCUGGUAUAAUACCACGUACCCUUCAUCAGAUUUUUGAGAAACUUUCUGAUAAUGGUACUGAAUUUUCAGUCAAAGUGUCUUUGUUAGAAAUAUAUAAUGAAGAACUCUUUGAUCUCCUUAAUCCAUCUACUGAUGUUUCUGAGAGACUACAGAUGUUUGAUGAUCCUCGUAACAAGAGAGGAGUGAUAAUCAAGGGUUUAGAAGAAGUCACAGUACACAACAAGGAUGAAGUCUAUCAGAUUUUGGAGAAGGGGGCAGCGAAAAGGACAACUGCAGCAACUUUGAUGAACGCGUACUCCAGUCGUUCACAUUCGGUUUUCUCAGUUACAAUACAUAUGAAAGAAACUAUGAUUGAUGGAGAGGAGCUUGUUAAAAUUGGAAAGUUAAACUUGGUUGAUCUUGCAGGAAGUGAAAACAUUGGUCGUUCUGGAGCAGUUGACAAGAGAGCUCGGGAAGCUGGAAAUAUCAAUCAAUCUCUGUUAACACUGGGCAGGGUAAUUACUGCUCUUGUGGAAAGAACACCUCAUGUUCCUUAUCGAGAAUCUAAACUAACGAGAAUUCUCCAGGAUUCUCUUGGGGGUCGUACAAGAACUUCUAUAAUUGCAACAAUUUCUCCUGCAUCUAUCAGUCUUGAGGAAACCUUGAGUACACUGGAAUAUGCUCAUAGAGCAAAGAACAUAAUGAAUAAGCCUGAAGUUAACCAGAAACUCACCAAAAAAGCUCUUAUAAAGGAAUAUACAGAAGAGAUAGAGCGCCUGAAACGAGAUCUUGCUGCAGCUCGUGAGAAAAAUGGAGUAUACAUUUCUGAAGAAAAUUUUAGAGCGAUGAAUGGAAAACUCACUGUUCAAGAAGAACAGAUUUUAGAAUUGAUUGAAAAAAUUGGUGCCGUUGAGGAGGAGCUAAGUAGAGUAAGUACUGAAAGUAUGUUGCAGUAUAAUCUUACUUUCAUCAAUGGUAAUGAGGACCUGCUUAACACAGUUGAAGAAACAACAAAAGAUGUAUCAGGUCUCCAUUCCAAACUGGAUCGCAAGAAGACAAUUGAUCAACACAAUGCAAAAGCUCAGAGUGAUUUUGGCAAAAAUCUUAAUUGUCUGUUUAAUAAUAUGGAAGAAUUAAUUAAAGACGGCAGCUCAAAACAAAAGACCAUGCUUGAAGUUCACAAGACAUUGUUUGAUAAUCUGUUGUCUUCCAGUGUUUCUGCAUUAGACACCAUUACGACAACAGCUCUUGGAUCGCUUACAUCAAUUCCAGAAAAUGUGUCUACUCGUGUUUCUCAGAUUUCCAAUAUGAUGUUGAAAGAACAGUCAUUAACGGCUGAGAGUAAAACUGUGCUUCAGGAAUUGAUUAAUGUACUUAAGACUGACCUUCUAAAUUCUUGGGAAACGAUUUUAUCCCCUGUGGUGUCUAUACUGACAAUCAACAGUCAAAUAAAGCAGAUUUUCAAGACUUCAUUGACAGUGGCUAACAAGAUUGAAGAUCAGAGAAAAGAAAUGGAUGUCUUUCUCAGUACACUAUGUAGUAAUCUACACAAACUACAAGAAAGUACAAUUUCUUCCUUAGCUGAAUCACAGAAGAUAUGUGAUAAUUUAACCGAAGACCUGAAGAUGGUAAAGCAAACCCAUUCACAGGAACUUUGUCAGUUAAUCAACCUUUGGGCAGAGAGAUUCAGCGCUUUGGAGGAAAAGUGUGAAAAUAUCCAGAAACCACUCCGUAGUAUCCAAGAAAAUACAGAGCUGACAUCUAAGAGUCUGAUCAACAAAACAGCUUCUCAUAGUGCAAAAUUCUGUGCUGAUUCUGAUGGCUUGUCCCAAGAACUCAUAUAUUUUAACCAAGAAGGUACAAAAUUGGUUGAAGAGUCUGUGAAACACUGCGAUAAACUUAAGGCGAACCUUGAAGUAAUAUCUCAAGAGACUGAACAAAGAUGUCAGGACCUGAACACAAGCACACUUUGUUUUUCUGACCACUGGGCAUCCUGCUUAAAUAAAAGGCAAGAGGAACUUCAGAACUUACUGGAGGUUGUGAGCCAAGGUUGUGAGGCUUCAAGUUCAGAGAUUUCUGAAAAAUCAAGUAGCCAUAAAGCAGCUAGUGAGAACCAGCGUAACACUUUCCUUGAUCAAAUAACUGCUGAUGAAGAGAGAUUGAUGUCACGAAAUCUAGAACUUAAUAAAGCCAUAAAAAUUGGUUUGACUAAGAUUAAUUGCUUUCUGCAACAGGACCUGAAACUGGAUAUCCCAACAGGUACGACACCACAGAGGAAAAAGUAUUUAUACCCAUCAACACUGGUGAGAACGGAACCACGUGAGCACCUUAUCGAUCAAUUACAGAGGAAACAGCCUGAGCUUUUAACGAUGCUCAACUACUCCGAAAACCAAGAAGAGACCAGUCAGGAUCUGGAUGAAGAAAAGGCAGUUCUGGGGCACAAUAUUACUGCUGAAGAACCUCUUAGUCAAGAGCCAUCUGUAAAUGUUGGUGUGGAUUGUUCAUCACAUGGUGGGGUUCCCUUUUUCCAGCAUAAAAAACCACAUGGAAAAGAUAAAGAAAACAGAGGUAUUAACAACAACAACCCAGUGGAACGCCCUAAAGUGGAAGAAACUACAGAGCCCUGCGUUACAAAGAGCAGACUGCCUCUACGAGCCUAG